GUAAAAGUUAUGUCAAACUUGAUGUCUGAAAAGGAUUCUUUAAUAUUUUUCUUUAAUUUACCUAUCAUUAACCUGCCUAUUAUUCAUAACUUUUUUUCUAUUAAGGGAAUACCAUUAGAGAGUACUGACGGCGAAAGACUAGAGAAAUGUCCUAAUUGUCAACAACCCGGACUUUGUGUCAAUCCUUAUCAUAUUAGUAUUGCUAUAAGAGAAUUAGAUCUUUGGCUUGCCAAUUUUAUUUAUACAACAGAUCCAAAUAAACCAAAACCUAAAAGAGAGGAUGAAGAAGAUGAUUGCGAAGGGAUUUGGGGAACUGGCGUCUUUAGUGCUUAUGAAUUACGAAAACUACAUAAACCUUCUAUCUUAAAUUCAAUAAAUUGCGGCAAUGCCAUUUACUUAAAUAAAUACGGUAAUGGGACUGAUGCACAAUGUGUACAAAACGGUGAAGCAUGCUCAUCCUCUUCCCUCACUCAAUUACAAAGGCCUAUAAAGAUAGAGCAUCCAACAACGACUACAAAAUUACUCCCUCCAGAUUUACCAAAACCAACAGCAUUAGUGCCAUUACCUGGUGGAGGAAAUCCGAAUACAGAUUCCCUUUUAACUCAACAAAAAAGGGCCCAGCCAAGACGUUAUACAAUUGGUGGUGAUUCAACAGUUAUUGCUCGAGUUCCACAAUCAUUAACAGUUUCUUCCAAAUCUUUUGCUAAUAAUAAAAAUGUUGAUGAAUGUACAACAAAUUCGACGAUUUUGGAACAGGAUGAUAGUUUUGAUGAACCAGCAGAUAAACGUUCAAGGCAUGGUUCUCGUGAAAGUGCAGGUAGUGUAAAUGACCAAGAAAUUAAACAACUUACGGGUGCAUCUCCAAUUGAAAUAGAAAAUUGUUCUGAGAAUAAAUCAAAGGAAGGCAAAGUAACUUAUACAAUUAGAUUAGAACGAAAACAACAAUUAGAACAUAACAAUAUUAUUAAUCAACAUCCUUCUUUGGAUUCCUCUACUUCAACAAUUUUAAGUGGAAUAGGUCAAAAACCAUUUCCAAGUGCUGGCUCUGCUUUCUCAGCACCAACUCCAAAUAACAACAACAACAACAAUAGGCAACAUUAUAUUAGAAAACAAGAAAUUACUAAUUCAAUUCCACAUCAACAGGCAAUUAUUAAAGUUAGUUAUACAAAAGAAUUUCUUCCAAUAUUGGAGAAUCACAAUAUUGAUAUUCCCGAAAUUCAACAACAACAACAAACAAUUCCUCUCAACAACAAAACCAACAACAAAUAGUUGAUCAAAUUGUUACUACUUCUCUACAACCACUUUCAACUUUUGCACCAUUAGUUGCAUCGCGUAAACGUGUUUUAUUAACAACAGCAGCCUCUCCAAAUUUAUUAGAAAUUGCUCAACAACAAAAUUCAACAAUAUCUGGAAAUACAAAUAAUAUUAUAACAACAUCAACAAAUAU